GUAGAUUAAGUCGCCGGACUUGGUGGGUGGGAAGCGGCUUCUGUACUUGUUGCCACGUCGGAGUAGUUGGUGAAGCAGUUAUUCAUUCAUAAAAACACCGAGGUUAAAUUAUUUUAGUGUUUCUUGUUCUUCUGUAGCCAUGGUUUCUAUUAUUAACACGGUGGAUACUUCCCACGAGGAUAUGAUUCAUGAUGCUCAGAUGGACUACUAUGGCACCAGACUCGCCACAUGCUCCUCUGACCGCACAGUAAAGAUCUUUGAUGUCAGAAAUGGAGGGCAGAUUUUGGUGGCCGACCUCAGAGGCCACGAGGGUCCAGUGUGGCAGGUGGCGUGGGCUCACCCGAUGUUUGGAAACAUUCUGGCUUCCUGUUCGUACGACCGUAAAGUCAUCAUCUGGAAAGAGGAGAACGGAGCAUGGGACAAGAUGUAUGAAUACACGGGGCAUGAGUCAUCAGUGAACUCUGUCUGUUGGGGUCCAUACGACUUUGGUUUGAUUCUGGCCUGUGGGAGCUCGGACGGGGCGAUUUCUCUUCUCACACUCACUGGAGAUCAGCAGUGGGACGUGAAGAAGAUCAGCAAUGCACACACUAUUGGCUGUAAUGCCGUGAGCUGGGCCCCCGCUGUUGUCCCAGGCAGUCUGAUCGAUCAGCCUUCAGGACAGAAACCAAACUAUGUCAAACGCUUUGUCUCCGGAGGCUGCGACAACCUGGUCAAACUCUGGAAGGAGGAGGACGGUCAGUGGAAGGAGGACCAGAAGUUGGAGGCUCACAGUGAUUGGGUGAGAGAUGUCGGCUGGGCUCCUUCCAUUGGUCUGCCUACCAGCACAAUCGCCAGCUGCUCACAGGAUGGCCGUGUGUACAUCUGGACGUGUGACGACCCUGCAGGAAACACCUGGACGGCCAAACUGCUCCACAAGUUCAACGACGUUGUUUGGCACGUCAGCUGGUCCAUCACCGGAAACAUCCUGGCUGUUUCAGGAGGAGACAACAAGGUGACGCUGUGGAAGGAGUCGAUGGACGGUCAGUGGGCGUGUAUCAGUGACGUCAGCAAAGGCCAGGGAGCCGUCUCCUCCAUCACAGACACUCAGCAGAGCGAGCAGUGACCUCCAUGGGUUUAAGGAUGACUGGAGCGAUCAUAAACAUGACGGACAUUUGAACCAACAGCACAUUUCCUGCACACAUAGAACUUCUCUUGUCCUGAUUUUUUAUUUUAAUUGAUGAUAAAAAUACAGUUUAUACAGGUAAACCAGAGGAGAGGAAACAGUCGAGCUUCAGAGGAAGAGAAUCUCUUCAGUUUAAAGCUGACAGUCAAUGUGCUUUUCAUUCAUUUCUCUUUAUCAGAUGCACUCUAGCGUUUGUUUUUUGUUAUCCGUUUCAGAGCUGGUCCAAACGUGAUUAUAUUCAUAUAUUUAUAUUCAGCCUCCAGCCUUUCCCAUCAUGCUCUGCUCCUAAAACAUUCCACUUCAGCAGGCAGAGAUCUAGACAUCACCUUAUCAAAACAGCUCCCCUCUCUUUUCAAAUAUUUUUAAUUUGCAGAAUAAAUAAGCUUUGUAUUGAGCCAGAAAUCCUCAGUGUGCAACGAUUUAAAGUUUAAUUAAUCAGUUUUACACUCAGGUCUAAUCUGAUAGAGCUGUAUAAACCUGCAUGUUCACACAGAGAGACGAAUCCAAACUAAAAACGACUGCUCUGCAAGAAUUCUCCCAGAUUUCAGCUCCUAAUUCUAAAGAGAAUGAGUGAAUAAAUUAUUUAUACAUUCAUUAGAACACUUUCUUUUUUAUCAUAAAUGCGUAUUUGUAAACUCAGACCCUGCCUUAAAGAAUCGGUCACCACUCUGCUACAACCACACAGAGUGAAUAAAUCAUCAGACAAACAUGAGUGAAACGUAACAGAACAGUUUUGGACCGUUGUCUGUCAGCUGUAACAUCAGAAACUUUUUUUUCAUAUUUGAUGUAAUUAAAUAAUUGUGAUGUUAAAA